AUGGCCUCCGAUGUAUCUCAUUUCCUCCAUAUCACUCGCAAGAGGUAUCGUAAACAACAUCAAAGACUAAAAGAACUGUAUCAUGAGAAUAGCUUCUUGGUGAAACCCGAUCAAGUAAUAAAAAAUCGCCCAUUGAUUAAAUAUUGGAGAAAAAAGAAGAGUUUAUUCUCAAAAUUUGACGAAAGACCAAUCUUUCUAACUGAUGAAUUGUGGUAUAGUGUUACCCCUGAAAAUAUUGCGAAAUUCGUUGCGAAAUUCGUUAAAGCAUCUCUGCCGAAUGCUACCAAGGUACUUGAUGUCUUCUGUGGUGCUGGAGGCAAUACAAUCCAGUUAGCAUUAGAAUUUGAAAAGGUGUAUGGGGUGGAUUUUUCACUUGAUCACCUUUACUGUACUUAUAAAAAUGCUGAAUCAUACAAUGUAAACGAUCACAUAUGGUUGAAAUACGGAGCUUGGGAAAAAUUAGCCGAGAAAGGUAGAUUUGCUAAAAUUGGCAUCGAUUUUGCCUUUGGAUCUCCUCCUUGGGGUGGUCCACAAUAUUUACAAGAGAAAUCUUAUGAUUUAGAAACGUCUCUAAAACCGAUGGGGAUUACCCAACUAUUACGAUCAAUGAUAUCCGUUACUCCCAAUGUAAUGCUAUUCUUACCGCGAAAUUCCAAUUUAGAACAGAUUAGUCAAGCGACAAUGCAAGUAUUAGGACCUCAAGGGCAUUGCAGAAUUGUCUACGUAAAGGAUAAUGGAUUUGCAAAGGGUAUCUUGUGUAUGUGGGGACCGUCUCUAGUCAAUGCCGGCCAAGAAAAUGAAGAAACUUUCGAAAAUAUUGAUCCACCUCCACCACCACCUUCCAAGGACACUGUUAAUUACAAUCUGGACGGGUAA